CUCUGACGUCAGAUGGAUGCCAGUGACAUCAUUCUGAAGAAGUGGGGCUCUCAGACCCCUGAGCAGGUUAAAAUGCUGAGGAGCGGCCAGCGGAGCGCCGACUCGCCGUCUUCCACCCUGCGGCUCACAUAGACGGAGCGGCCGGAGCUUCUGCGCAUCAUGCUGGGCGCCAAACACAAGAAGAACCGGGCCGGGACGUCCGAACCAAAGGCCAUCGAUCCCCUGAGGAAUCUGGGGAUUCAGGAUGAUGAAGAUGUGAAGCAGAUGUUGCAGGGUUCCAGCAUGGUGAAGGUUCGAUCAGCUCGCUGGCAAAAACAACGAACCUUGAAGCUUCUGGAUGAUGGUGUGACUGUCUGGUGUCAAUCCCAGAAGACAUCCAGCCGGGCCAAGGAGCAACAAUCCUUCUCUGUCAUGGAAGUAGAGUGUGUUCGUGAAGGCUGCCAGUCAGAAACCCUGCGGCGGAUGGCAGACUCAGUGCCAGAGGGUCGAUGUUUGACGGUGGUCUUCAAAGGACCUCGGAAGAGCCUGGAUCUCCUGUGCAGCAGUCAGGAGGAGGCCCAGCAUUGGGUCCGAGGCAUCCGCACUCUGCAGGAGAGAGUGGACAACAUGACCCACAAAGAGAAACUUGACCAUUGGAUCCAUGCUUAUCUCAGUCGAGCUGAUCAGAACCGUGAUGACAAGAUGAGCUAUGAGGAGGUGCAGACGCUGCUGCGGAUGAUCAAUGUUGACCUUAGUGAUCAGUACGCUCGCAGCCUCUUCCAGAAAUGUGAUCGGUCUGCUGAUGGACGUCUAGACCAUGAGGAGAUCGAAGUGUUCUGCAAGGAGUUGCUACGGCGACCAGAGCUGGAUGCUGUCUUCAUUCGUUACUCUGCCAACAGCUGUGUCCUUUCCACUGUGGACCUGAGGGACUUCCUGAGGGAGCAGGGGGAGGAUGCCUCCCUGACACACUCUCAGAGCCUCAUCCUCACCUACGAACUCAAUGAGUGGGCUCAGAGAAACCAGUUCAUGACCCCUAAUGGUUUCACCAUUUACAUGCUGUCUAAGGAGAACUGUGUGUUUAACCCCGAACACCUAAGAGUUUACCAAGAUAUGAACCAGCCGCUGUCACAUUACUUCAUCUCCUCAUCACACAACACCUACCUCACCAAGGACCAGCUGACCGGGGACAGCAGCACAGAGUCGUACAUACGAGCUCUGAGUCAUGGCUGUCGCUGUGUGGAGCUGGACUGUUGGGAUGGAGACGGAGGAGAACCCGUCAUCUAUCACGGUCACACGCUCACAUCCAAAGUGCCCUUUGUGGAGGUGAUCAAGACCAUCAACGAGUACGCCUUUAAGGCAUCUCCCUACCCUCUGAUCCUGUCUCUGGAGAAUCACUGCUCCGUGGAGCAGCAGGCUGUGAUGGCUCGACACCUCAAAGCCAUCCUGGGGGACAAGCUGCUCCUGAAGCCCCUCCCUGGGCUGAAAUCAACUUCUUUGCCAAGUCCAGAGGAUCUGAAGGGUAAAAUCCUGGUGAAGGGUAAGAAGGAGAAGGUGGUGGAAGAAUAUCCGUCCAGUUCUUCAGACUUGGACUCAUCAGAAGAGGAAGGCAGCUAUGGCAAGUCCUCUGGAAAGAAAGACAAGAAGCCAGGAGUAUCCAAGUUGAGUCCGGAGCUGUCAGAGCUGGUGGUGUACACUCGCAGUGUUCCCUUUAAAAGUUUUGAACAUGCUGCCAAAAAUCCGCCAACUGACAUGUGUUCAUUCUCUGAGAGUGAAGCCCUCAGGCUCAGCAAGGACUCAGGGAUGCAUUUUGUACGUCUCAACUGUCACCAGAUCAGCAGGAUCUACCCAUCAGGCCAGCGCUUUCAGUCGUCCAACUACAACCCUCAGGAGAUGUGGAACACUGGCUGUCAAAUUGUUGCUCUGAAUUUCCAGACGUCCGGUGAGCCGAUGGAUCUAAAUCAAGGCCGGUUUUUGCAGAAUGGUCUUUGUGGGUUUGUCCUAAAGCCCCCUUUCAUGAGACAGCCUAGCACCUCCUUCAAUCCGGAGAAUGUUGGAGGUGGUCCGGCCCACAGACCCCUGCUGCUCACUGUUCGGGUUAUUUCAGCUCAGCAGCUACCUAAACCGGAGUGGGACAAACCCAGCUCCAUAGUGGACCCUCAGGUGUUGGUGGAGAUCCAUGGAGUUCCCAUUGACAACAUUAAGAAGAAAACUCAUCAUGUGGACAACAAUGGCUUCAACCCACGCUGGGACUGUACGUUUAACUUCACCGUUCACGUACCUGACCUGGCUCUGGUCCGCUUCGUAGUGGAGGAUCAUGACUAUACCUCUAGUAAUGACUUCUUGGGGCAGUUUACACUACCUUUCACCAGUCUUCGCACAGGUUAUCGCCAUGUGCGCCUGCUGAAGCUGGACGGCUCCAGCCUCUCUCCUGCCUCUCUCUUCAUCCAUGUUAAAAUCACUCCUGCCUAAUCAUCAACUGAACCUUCAACUCAAUCAUAGGUCAAGCCAUUAGCUGAGCACGACCUCUUCACCCUAUUGGAAGUGGGAGACUUGAUAUUUGUGCCUGGAUAUAAUUACAGGAUCAGGAUCCUGACUGUCUCUUGUGAAUAAUCCAGGUGGAUCCUGUUUAUGGGCAUUUCUGUUGGGUCAGUUGAUUUCUGUUGACACUACGUUGGAAGGUUUUAAAGAAGCACGUGUUCAAAUGAAUGCCUGUAAAGAUCACAUUCACUGUGGUUGGUGGAUACUUGAAGGCAGAUAUAUCUCAUAUGAUUUUUGUUUACACUGUUUUAUUCCAUAAGACAUUGAUCCAGUCUACAUGUUUUGAAAUAUGAAGUAUUUUUAUCUAAUCUCAAUAAGACUUGAAAAUUGUUUACUGUGUUAAUUUAAUAACACCAACUUUUCUGGAGUAGAUAUUUAUCUAAAACUAUAAGUUAUCUUUUUUCUAAUGGCUCUAGAUGAGUUUUAUUUGGCUGACUUGUUUGGCUGUGAAGGUUGCAGACCUCUGAUCUAAAUGAACCUAGGAUCAAUGUCAGGUUUUCUUCUUUCUAACCUUGUGUCCAAUCAUAUUUUAUUCACUCAUUCUUGAAGUUGAUUAACUUGAUUUAUUUUCUUCAGGUUUGUUUUCUGCCUAAAAUAUUUUCAUUUAGCCCUAAAGUGGUUAUGCUUUAUUUAUUUGCAGUUAAUCCUGUUUGAUUUUCCCUUGAAAUUCUUCUUGUAGAAAUGAGCAGCAUGCCACUUGGCUGCUAGCACUUUAUCCUGGCGAACUAGUGUUUUUUUCUAUCAGACAUGGAAGUUAUCACAGGCUAUUGUGCUAAUGUUAUGUGUAUUUUGUGCUUAUUCAUGUUUUAUACAUAAGACGUACUAUGAAUAUAUCUGUUCUUUAAGUCAUGUGAUUUAAAGAAGGUGAUGGAAGAAACAUCGUUUGGUCUGCUGUAAACGUGCGUGUGAAUGUUUCAACAAACUUUCUGUCUUAUGAAUCCUGUCCUUCGUUGUCAAUAAUUUUGUUUGACCAUUUCUGUGUUUGAUUACACAGAAUGAAAGACAUUCACACAUAAUGAAUGAGUUGAUCAGAUCUUUGCCCUUGUUUUUUUUGGCAGAUUUUUCCUUUGAGAACAAGACUUUCCAUUCAUGUUGGAGAUUGGUCACAUUUGGUAUUUUUUUGGGUUUUCUUAAGAUCCUUUAAAAUAUUUUCAUUGGCUACUUUCUCACUUGUUUUGAAGCGAAGACCUUACCAAGUUUUAGAGGAACAAUUUAUAUUUUUGAUUGUUUUAAACUUUGCAACUCUGACAGAAAUGGUCAAGAGGAAAGGCUCCUAAAGCAUCACCUGCAUGUCUUUUGGAACGUUUUAGAAAAACUGUUUUUAUCAGUAUCUAGUGUUUUACCAGUAGACUUCCAGAAAUACAUUUCCCAUUUCUGUCAGAAGUUACUCUGUUGGAUGAAGAAAACUUGUAUUUUAGCACCAGCAAGGUUAUACCAAAAAUGACAAUAGCUAAGUUUUAACUGGUAAUCUGAAGAAAAACAAAUUAACUUUCUGAAAACCUAAAGACUUACUGAACACUGUUUUAUAGCACAUUACAAGAAAUAUUGACUCAUUGUAAGUAAAUAGGAGAACUACUUGGAUCACUGUAAACAGGAACACUGUAAUCUAUAAAAGACAAAAGUAAGAUGGAAUAAAACAAGCUGUAAUUUAUUGCUGUGUGUAAUAUUUGAUAUUAGAUCAGUUACUUCUGUUCCUCCACAGACCUUUGUCCACAAAGAUCAGUAAGUCAUCGCUGCUACAGCUUACACUUUUAAGCAGCUGUUUGUUUAUACCCUCUAGAAUGUCAGAAUUUACACAGUUAAUGUAGAUAACAACAAAUAAGCAUGAGUACAAAUAAAGCAAGAUCAUGAACCUUUGUUAAC